AUGAGGAUGAUCCGUAAGGACCGACGGAAUUGGAUCAGCGUGGGUUGUCGUACUCUGGCGAGGGUCACUGUUGUGAAUCGCGAAGACAAUUUUGGGCCUUAUAUGAAAAAGUGGUGCACCAGGGGUUAUUGUAGUACACUGAAUGGAGGUUUUAAGCGUGGUAGUUUCUACAACAAGACUGGGCUUGAUGAAGUAGUGCUGCUGCAUUUUUCACACAUGAUAAUGAAUGGACAAGCGCUAAUGCAAAAUGGAUCUCUCACCUUCCUAGAAUGCAAAGAAGACACUUCCUAGAAGAAAAGACAACCAAC